CCACCAUCUCCCCCCAAAUGGACCCCGCCUUUUCGUCCUGGUCCCAGGAGGACUCGAUCUCACAAAAGCAGCAGCAGUCUGACAAGGACAAGCCAAAGAAACCUCGCCAUCGUCACUCGGCUCUCCAGCUAGCCGCUCUCAAUGAGCUCUUUGACAGAAAUGACCACCCGCCGCUCGACGAGCGCCAGGCUUUGGCAGAGCAGCUCGGAAUGGAGACAAAGACAGUCAAUGCCUGGUUUCAGAAUAAACGGGCCUCUACUAAAAAGCGCCAUCGCGGCGGUCCCGCUCCUACUUCCACCAACCCAAACCUGGACCUCCCUCCUAUAUCCGCUAUCCUUGCUUCUACUCCCGGCUCCUCAUCCUCUGCCCCCUCUCGCUCCCUCGAACGCGACGCUUACGACGCUGACUUCCACGUACCCACACUGCCCCCACCCCGUAUAAACAAGCAUUCCGUUCGUCCCCACCAGGUCGUCGUACUAGAGGAGACGCCCAGACAGCACUCUCCCUUCUAUGCCGGCAAUGCUGACCACCACCAUUCCUUCGACCGAGGCGUAACGCCACCGCCAGUGGAUUUGCCAGCUCGCCCUCGUAUGCGCAUGCGUCCCUCUUCCCAGCAGACGGACGAACUUCGCAAAUUCUAUCAGGUGAACCCACACCCAACAAAGGAAGAGCGAGAGGAACUAGGACAACGGAUCGGGAUGCGCUACCAGUCCAUCACAAAUUGGUUCCAGAAUCAGCGAAGUUUAGCCAAGAAGCGCCAGGAGGAGGAUGCCGAACUCGAGGCAGAGACCGCACACAAGGAAAAGGCAGAACGCAUCUACGCCUCGUUUCCGCCUGCACACAACCAUCCCCCAUCGCAUCCUUCUCUCGCUGCUUUACUCAACAGGUCAACACGCUCCCCAAGCGCACCACCCUCCAAUGCUUCCGCAUCUUCCAGAGCGUCGCCCUAUCGCAAUCUCCUGCCUUCUCAGCGUCCCCGACGGACUCGGCCGGAGGCCCAUCAGCUAGAGGCGCUUCAGAAGCUGUACAAUCGCACCUCCAACCCUUCCAUUGAAGAGCGCAGUGCUUUGGCACUUGAAGUGGGAAUGGACCUCGCCAAAGUUACGAACUGGUUCCGCAACAUUCGUCAGACCGCUCGCAAGCGCACACGAAAGCAUGGCGAUGACGGUGACACCGACAGUCUGCCUCUUGACUCUGCGUCCGUCUCGAGAGCGGCCACACCCUCCUUUUCGUCCUCGUCGUCCACCGGCAUGCGAGACCACGACAUGGAUACCGACCUCGACGAUGGCGAUCAUCCUAUGGACGAGGACGACCGCUACUUGCGCGUACAGCAGCCCAUGCCUGUUCGUGUCCCGAGCAACUCUGAUCCCGCCAGCGACGAAGAGGACCACGAACCAAAGACACCUUCGCCCGAGCCUGCUCCAAUGCCCGCGCCGCGAUCGUUCACCUCUGUUGCGUACAUUCCUCAGCCCAUCGAGCGUACACGAGAGCUGCCAUUCCACGUCGACCCCGAUACCUAUGCAAAAUUGAAGCAACUUCCUGGUCGCGUUUCCGGUGUGGAGGUCGAGGACGCCCUGCUAUUGCUCGGCUUCCACCACCAUAUCGUGCACUAGUAAUCUGGAGCUUCACUAUUUAUUUCGAUGGCACAUGAUGCGGGACGCCUCUACACAUUGACGGCCGUCUACCCCAGCGCGAUUGCUCCCCUUCUUGUGCAUAAAAUACUUACUCGCCGCUGUUGCCGUACUUAUAUCAUACUGGCAUGUGUGGCGCGCCACACAAUUGUUUUGUUCACCACCACCACCACCACCACUUCGUUAUAUUUUGUUGUUUCUGUUUUUUUAUGUUAUUCCUGCUGCAGCACCCCGAACGUUCUCGCACGAUUUGACUCAGACUGUGACUGUUUGCAAAAUAUUGUACAUUCCCCACCACUAAACCUUCGAAUGGGUUCCGCCUUCCAAGAGAAGGACCUUGGGAAGACCAUUCGCAGUAAUCGACAUCGUGCCAUUCCUCUUUCUGUUUAACGUAUUAUUCUCUAUGUGUCACCCUGUCUGUCGCUGUGUGUUUGUUUGUGUCUGCUCGUUUGUUUGCUCUUUCCGCCCGUCCGACUCUUAUUGACACAUCGAAACCUCCCUUUUUUUGUUCAUCAUGUUCACCGUACAAUACUCUUUCUGCUCGCUCGUCCGUCCUUGUCCGACUCGAAUUUGUCUCUUUCUAUUUU